CCAAUUUCUUCCUCCGAAGCAAACACCAUGCAGACCGCGUCGCGUGCCCUCCGUGCCUCUGCAGGCCGCACACGCUCUGGCUUUGGCGCUGCUGCAACCCAGUUGCGCGCCAACCACACUCAACCUCAGCCCCAGGCACACACCGGAACCGCGGACGCCUCACCACGCACAACCUCCUUCGGAUUCAGGACCGUUCCGGAAGACAGCAAGGAGAGCCUCGUCAAGAACGUCUUUGACUCUGUAGCAUCCAACUACGACCUCAUGAAUGAUGCGACGUCUAUGGGCGUGCAUCGUAUCUGGAAGGACACGUUCGUGGGUGACCUGCGUCCGGGACGCCGCGGACCCAUGCGUUGCAUCGACGUAGCGGGUGGAACAGGGGAUAUCGCGCUGCGCAUUCUUGACCACGCAAGGGAGGAAUACGCGGACAGGGAGACUUCGGUUGAGGUGGUGGAUAUCAAUGCGCAGAUGCUUAAAGAGGGAUUCAAGAGGUUUAAGAAGACGAUGUACCACAACACUCCGCAGGUAUCGUUCCAUGAGGCUAAUGCCCAGAGCCUGCCAAAGGAGAAGUUCCUCGAUAAUACUUAUGACCUUUAUACCAUUGCCUUUGGUAUUCGGAACUGCACGUCAAUCCCUGAUGUUCUGAAGGAAGCACACCGUGUCCUCAAGCCGGGUGCUACGUUUGCUUGCCUUGAGUUUAGCAAGGUCAACAACCCUUUGCUGGCUGCAGCUUAUGACCAGUACUCGUUCUCUGUCAUCCCCCUGCUUGGUACCAUUCUCGCUGGAGACAGAGAUUCGUACCAGUACCUAAUAGAGUCAAUACGAAAGUUCCCCAGUCAGCCAACCUUUGCGCAGAUGAUACGCGACGCCGGGUUUUCCACUGGCGCUGACGAGGAUGGCGGGGCUUGGACCGACCUCUGGGGCGGCAUUGCUAGCAUACAUACAGGAGUCAAGGUCUAAUGUGUCUAUAGUAGAGAACGUUAACACCAUAGAACUAAUAAUGAAACUGAC